GUGAUGGCGGACGAAGAUGAUGUACGUGCUCUCACAGAAGAAGAGAAGAUAAAACUUGAAGAUGAUAGCAAGAUUGUAUCAAAAUUUAAACAGAAUAAGCUAGAAAAAGAAGCCCAAAAAAAUUGGGAUUUAUUUUAUAAAAGAAACGCUACAAACUUUUUCAAAGAUAGACACUGGACUACUGCAGAAUUCAAAGAGCUGUUAUGUGAAAGUAGAAAUGGUGAGUCAGAUUUUGUUACAAGCAAAAUUUUAUUGGAGGCUGGAUGUGGUGUUGGAAAUCUCUUCUAUCCAUUACUUGAGGAAAUCCCAAAUCUCUUCAUUCAUGCAUGCGAUUUUUCAAAAAGAGCCAUUGAUUUUGUGAAGGAACAUCCUGCUUUUAGUGAAGAAAAAGUAAAUGCCUUCCAUUGUGACCUAACAGUGGAUGCCUUAGAGUCACAUGUGCCAAAAUGUAGUGUGGACAUUGCAACUUUGGUGUUUGUCCUGUCUGCUGUCCAUCCAGAUAAAAUGUUGAUUGUUCUUCAAAAUGUAAUACAGGUUCUCAAACCAGGUGGAUUGCUGUUCUUUCGCGAUUAUGGGUUGUAUGACCAUGCUAUGUUAAGAUUUAGUCCUGCAAACAAACUCUCAGAUAACUUUUAUGUCAGACAAGAUGGCACUAGAGCUUACUAUUUUUCAAAAGAUCUUGUUGAAACACUCUUCCAUCAAGCUGGAUUUGAAACAUUAGUCAAUGAUUAUGCUCACAGGAGGACUGUUAAUAAAAAGGAAGGAGUUGAUGUACCAAGGAUAUUUGUACAAGCUAAAUUUAGAAAACCAGGAAAGCCUGGAUGAGGUAUUUAUUUGACUCUUCUCACUGGAAAAUAUUAAAAUGAGCUUUCCUAACCA